AUUGAAACCAUCGCUAGCUCUCGCGUCGGCCUCCCAGGCUUGCCUUGCACGAUGCCACGCAAGAAGGCAGAGCCCGCCAUACCGUCCGACUUUGUGCCGUUCAAGUUCAGCUCGGUGCAGCAGCCCAUCGGUCAGCUGAACUGCAAGGCCGUCAACACGACCUUUGGCAAAACCGAAGCAUCCCAGCUCGUCAACCGUCGUCCUGCGCCCUUCGUCUGGGAUGGCGAGCGUGCAGAGAAGCGCACGAAGCUAGCAGAGCAGUAUGCGCAGCAGAAGCAGCGGAAAGCAGUGAGCAAUGGCCCGGCGGCUAACCAGACGGUCCCUGUAGCUCAAGCAGCGAACACUGCGACGGAUGGGGACGAGCCAGAAGGGUAUGGACUUACGCCAGACAAGAUCAUCAUCAUCCAUCCAGGCUCUCGCAACCUCAGGAUAGGCAGGGGAAGCGACGCUUUGCCCUUGACCGUGUCGAACUGCAUUGCUCGCCGAGUCAGCCGGCCGCCAGGCACAGCCAAUGGACAUGCCGACGAGCAAGAGCAUGAGAGUGAGAAGAGCAAGCUGCUUGAUGAGCAGAUCCUCUUCCUCCGGUCGGAGCUCAGAGAGCGGCUGAGGAUGCUCAAGCUACGCACACAGCCGAAUGGCAUUCAGCUCGCAAAGAGUUAUAACGAGCAGACUCAACCAGAGAUGGUGCCCGAGCAUAACGAUGCCGGCCGGAUGGACUGGACGGACGUAGAAGAACUCAAAAGGCCUGCCUAUGUCGUAGGCGACAAAGCUUUGCGGAUACCCGACCCCAAAGCGCAAGGCUACGAGCUUCGCUGGCCGCUAGUACGAGCGCGCCUCGACUCCAGCCUCUACGCGAGUCCGAGAGAGAUGAUGGCCGAUAUAGAAGCGAUCUGGACGAGCACGCUCGAGGAUGAAUUGGAUAUCCCGGCACGCACAUUUCCAGAAUACUCUUGCAUUCUCAUCGUGCCAGAUCUGUGCGAGUACGACUACGUUCGGGAGAUGUGUGACAUGGCCUUCAAGAGUAUGGGCUUCAAGUGCCUGCUCAUCCAACAAGAAUCUCUCUGCGUGACCUUUGGCGCCGGGCUGUCGUCAGCUUGCGUGGUCGAUAUGGGAGCCCAGAAAGUAUCCGUCUCUUGCGUCGAAGACGGCCUCGUCUUGUCUGACACAAGGAUCACCUUGGCCUAUGGUGGCGACGAUGUGACGCGCGUGUUCUUCGACUUGCUGCAAAGAGCCAGCUUUCCUAUCAAGGAUAUCGACUUGGCACGAUCAUACGAUUGGCAGCUGCUCGAUUGGCUCAAGGAGAACUGCUGCAUUCUGAAUGAGUCGGACGCAAGCCUGAAUUUGUAUAAUUUCCAUCUCCGCCGACCACACGUCACUGGCGCGACACCAAAGUACACCAUCAGACUCUUUGACGAGGUCAUACUGGCACCUAUGUGCCUGUUUUGGACACCAAUCCUAGACUUUGAAAGCAAGCGAGCAAAGCCUCGCAUGUCUUGGCAAAAGCCGACCGAUGAGGUCGAUGAGCUCAUGGAGACCGAUUGUGACGCUACCACUCAGGCGAUGCGAAACAGCACACGCUAUUUGCAUCCCGUCAUUGCCCAGCCAGUCUUACCAUCUGCGUCGCUCGUUCUGCAGGCGCUCGAAAACGAAGGCCCAUCUAGCGUGCUCAAUGCCUCCGCCACGCCAGAACCUACGCCGACGCCUGCUCCGAAUGGAGAUAUGACACCAGCUGCCCCGUCAGGUGCGACGCUUGCCGUGCCGCAGACGCCCCGGGCGCAACCCACGCCAGAAAGCGCUCUGCCGAGCUCUACAAGCACGUCUCCGCCUACAAUGCGCAAGGAAGAAUCUAGUGCGCCUCUGCAGCCUGCCAUCUCGACUAUCAGCAUCAGCAAAGACAUGACUCGCUCGAGCAGUCCCGCAAUGCAAGCGUCGCCUCAGCCUCAGCCAGUGCCGCCAGUCGAUGUCGACUAUCCCUACAUUGAUGUCGCUUUCGAGUCGUCCAAGACGUCCGUCGAUGGCGGCAUUUAUGAGAGCAUCAUGACUUCGAUCUCGGAGGAGCGGCUCAAACGAUUCUUGGGUAAUCUCAUACUCGUUGGCGGUACGAGUCUGCUGCAUGGCAUGCCAUUCGCCGUGCAAAGCCGUCUGGCCGGUCUUGUCAGCCUACGCUCAGCAGCGCUGGCCCAAUCUAUCGCCAUCACAGCGCCGCCCCGAGAGAUAGACGCUCGAAUUGUCGCGUGGAAAGGGGCUGCCGUACUGGCGCGGCUCGAUUCGCCUGCGAUAGUCGAGCAGUGGAUCAGGGAUACAGACUACGAUAUCUUUGGCACUCGUGCUUUCAAGGAUCGCUGCCUCUUCCUGUGAUGUUCCUCUCUAUGAUGCAAUGCAGACAGAUGAUACAAGCACUAGCUUCGGUACUGUGUCGCCCGAGUGUCAGUGGAUGCAUCGGAAAAGGAGCGCACACUUACGUCCGCAUUAAUCGAGAUGUACUCUUUGCUCAAAUCACAUGUGUAGCUGCCGUUCAAGUCAGCCUGCGCAAAGAAAAGGCAAAGAUUACUGACUAUGCAGCGCUCUGAUCGCCCAGUCCGAGUUGCACGCGGAUUUCGAUCUCGUCCUCGAGCAGCAUCUUGUGUGCU